CUGUGGAGACUCAGGUUUAACUGGCUGUUCAUUCUCCUGAUGGUCCCACUGUGCUCCGUUAGUCAGAUUGGCAUUUCUUCUUCUUUUCAUCAGUUUGUCACUAAUCCAAACGUGCAGCAGAUAAAAAAUGAAACAUAUAAAAAGGUAUAAACUAUAUAGCUAGAACCUGAGUUGUCUGCCUGUGAGGUGCUGUGAUUAAUACGUCCUGCAGGGUGCAUUUCUGUGGCACGAGUAAUAUUCUGGGAUGUACGAUUUGACAUUGUGAAUAAAACUCAGUUCUUCAGGUUCUCCCUAUUUGCUAUUGCUAUAAUCCAAGAAUGCAUGAGCAGUCACUCUGACGUGCUCUUUUUUGGUAUGCAUGAGUGUCUCUGUGAAAAGUAUGUUGCCAGGAUAUCAAUUUACAUUGACUUCUGAGAUCAAGGAAACAGUGUGCCAAUAUCAAUCUGCCAUAUGGCACAGUUUAGGUGUAGUUGGGCGUAGCCCACCCUGGACGCUCACGUACGGUUGGGCACCACUGCAUUACCAGGUUUUGUUCCAGGUACAUAAAUACUCUUAUAGGACAUGAAAUGACAUGCAAGUGGGCGGUCACCGCAAAGCAUGCUGCUGCACGCGUGCACAGUCAAUUUUGCAUGCCACUAGCUCUAAAUUAAUGAUCUGGCGUGUUCCUGGAUCAAACUGGCUUGUCUACUGUUGUAACAGUUGCAUAGAUCAAUGCAAUUAGCCUCAGUACUCAGGCUACUAAAUGCUUCAUUUUUCUAGCAAAGGAGCCGGGCUACUAUUGAGCGGCCUUUGAUCAAGCACAUAUACGCUUGAGCCAGGACUUGGGGAGACAGAAACAUUUUACUCACUCCUGAUUGCAGGAUUCGAGUUUGGAGGAAUGGUUGGAGGGUUUGUGUCGGGUGUUCUUGUGGGAUACGUUCCCUACUGGUACUUGUGGGCGAUCACUUUCGUAACUCAUAUAUUGAGCUACAUCAUUUAUUGUGUUGUUAGUCAAGGAUGGUUGAUCAUGAUAUCAAGACUGUUGGCAGGAUACAUCUUAGGAUCCUUGGUAACGCUAAGUUUUGCCUAUUUCUCAAGCAGUAGUGAAGAAUAUGUUGAGACACAGAAAAAGUUAGGAAUAAAAACUGAUGAAAAAUCUGUCGAAAAAACUAGAAAUAUGCUAUUUGUGACUAUAGCUUUUGGGUACAGCACUGGAUUCAUCAUUGGAUCUGGUGCUGCCGUAAUAUUUGCUCAGUUUGAGUACAUAAACCAGUUCAAAGCCAUUGGAUGGUUUAACGUUGCCUACGGAGUGGCAGCCUUGCUUCUUCUUGUGGUAAUGUUUCGUGGUGAAAUGAAAUGGAAGAGAGUCAGAGUGGAUCAGUGUAUGCAUUGUCCCAAAGAAAAAGAAGGGUCAACGAUCAAAGCUUGUGGCGGAGUUGGUCUGCUACCACUAUUUAUUAUCCUUAGUCUGCUCGUGCUCUCAUUCACUGAACGAACUAGAUAUGCUGUGAUUCAAACACUUCUUAAUCCCAUAGCAAGUGAUUCCUUUGGAAUAAAUGAGAGAGAUACCUCGUACAUUUUCCUUGUACUUGGACUACUACAGUUUGGUGGAGCAAUAUCAUUGCUGAUUUUCCAGUGUGCACGGCUCUCCAACCAGGGAAUUACACUAGUAGGAAUUCUGACCACCGUAACUGGUUAUCUUCUGUUGACUGAUUUUCAAGCUAUACCCUACGAUCCAUGCACAGAGUACAGUCCAUUCCAUCAUCCUGAUAUUACUGAUUACUACAAGUUUCUGUUACCUAACGAAAGUCUCAGGAAUAUCACAUCACAAUCGAUGAGUACAUCUUUGCCAAAACUGAAAAGCAUACAAUUCUCGUCUAAUCUUGAUGUUAAAGUUGGUGACGGCCCAUUAUUUCAUACUAACUUUGGAAUGACGAGUAAAUUUCUUUGUCAUCAGGUACAAGAUUGCUUAUGUGAUCUUUCAACUCCUUGUGUACACUAUCCAUUGUUUUCUGAUAUAAAUGUGAAGUUGGAUUCUGAAGAUUUGUAUAAGUGCAAUUCUAGCGAAAGUCAUAUGAUAGUUUGUGUUCAUUUACCACACAAUCAAAUUUCACAACAAAAUUCUCCUGAAAUUUCAACUCCUGAAAUCGAAAGCAUCACUGUACUACCAAAAACGUUGUACUUCAUAGCUCGAAACAGCUGCAUUGAGGCGAAUGUGACUGGUCACCAGUGUCACUGGAUACCCUCGUCCACAAUCACCAAGAAGGAAUGUGAAGACUGCCAGCCCAUCUGUAGGAGCGUGAGCCAGACACUCAAUUUCCCUCAGUUCUCUAUAGGCAUGGGAUUGCUCGUCUACUCCAGUUCACUCCAACUACCGCCGAUAGUGGCAUUAAUAACAAACCAAAGUCCCAAGCACUUACAAGGCUUUAUCAUUGGAUGUAUGUCAGCUACAAUCUUUAUUAUGCGAACUGUCUCACCACUAAUACUGGAUGCUUUGUACGAGAAAGUGCAGAAGCGGACGUUUAUCUUCACACUGAUAAUGGUCCUUGCACACAUUCCCUUCGUCAUCGAGAUUAUCGUGCUUUACUCAAAACUAGGGCCAAGAACCGACCUUGACAAUGAACCCAAGUAUUCCAAGUUAGAGCAAGAGGAAUCGAAACUGGAUAAUGUUGAUGAUUAGGUUGAUUUUGACAUUUCUUUUCGAGUACCGUAUUUUAUGAUCAUGUGUAGCUAUAUAGUAUCCGUCUAUAUUCAAUUCAUAUUGUAUUCUCUCUGUAAAGAAUGAGGAAACUGCGUUACAUG